ACCCUUGAGAUUGUGCAUCCCCAGCUGGCUCUUGGCCAGGCGGGGGGAGCUGCCUAAACAAGCCCUGGCUAUCAAAAUGCUGCUGCUUUAAAAAGGCUCUUCGCUGGCUGCAGUCAAAACCACGCUAUGCCUCACGUCACCGAGGAACAGAAAUAGCAGGCAUGAGUGAAGGGAGGAGAAUGAGAGUAUCAAGAGCGCACAGAUUUCAAACAUACUUGGCGAGGUAGCGCGGUCCCUUCCUGCCGCUGCCCUUCCAGAUGCGACGGAGCACGGGGAUCUCUCGCUGGCUGCCCAGGAAGGAGGAUUCUCUUUUUUUCCUUUUUCUCUCUCUCUUUUUUUUUUUUUUCUUUUUUAAGCUUCAGCUUUAAUGCUACAAGAUUUGUUUUUGUUUUAUUUCUUGUAGGAAACUUCAUCUGCUGGAUUUAAAGCAAGUGGAGAAUGCAGAUCAUCCUUGGAUGAGACCCUGCUACAAAAUGGUUCACUGUCUCCCCAUGGUUGCAUUUCUCGAAGCAGAAGGAACAGAUCUUCGGAGCCCUGUGGCAUGAGCAAAGCCUCUGGCAUUCAAAGGCCAGGAGGAUGUCCCUCACCGAUGAGCUGGAGAGCCACUUUUCCGCGACCCCCUACAUGGUGACAGACACAAGCGAGGGCAGCCUCUUCAGAAUCGGUCCCAAUGCCUCCACCAAUGCCACCGGGGAUGGUGUCCCAGCCGCCAGUUCCAUGGAGGACAUGAUCGCCAUCUGCACCAUCGGGACGAUCCUUUCCCUCAUGUGUGUGAUCGGGGUGACAGGCAAUGUCUACACCUUGCUGGUGAUGUGCCAUUACUUGCGAUCAUCUGCCUCCAUGUACAUUUACAUCAUCAACCUGGCGCUGGCGGACCUGCUGUACCUUCUCACCAUCCCCUUCAUCGUUGGGACCUACUUCAUUCAGAAAUGGUACUUUGGGGACAUUGGCUGUCGCAUUCUGUUCAGUCUGGACUUCCUCACUAUGCACGCCAGCAUCUUCACCCUCACGGUCAUGAGCACAGAACGUUACUUUGCUGUGCUGAAGCCCCUGGACACAGUGAAGAGGUCCAAGAGUUACCGAAAGGCCAUCGCUGUUGUCAUCUGGCUGGUAUCACUGCUGCUCACCCUCCCAAUGCUCAUCAUGAUCCAGCUGGUGCAAAGGGACAACAAAAGCAUCUGCCUGCCCACUUGGAGCAAGACAUCCUACAAAGUCUAUCUCACCAUCCUUUUUGGUACCAGCAUCGUGGGCCCAGGGGUAAUCAUUGGCUACCUUUACAUCCGAUUAGCUAAGAUUUACUGGGUGUCGCAAACAGCAUCUUUCAAGCAGACCAAGCGGCUGCCAAAUCAAAAGGUGCUCUAUUUAAUCUUCACAAUAGUGCUGGUGUUCUGGGCUUGCUUCUUGCCUUUCUGGAUAUGGCAGCUCCUCUUCCAGUAUUAUGAAUCCUUACCUUUAUCUCCCAAGGUGAUGAAGAACAUUAAUUAUCUGACAACCUGUCUGACCUACAGCAACAGCUGUAUCAACCCUUUUCUCUACACCCUGCUCACCAAAAACUACCGGGAGUACCUGAAGAACAGACAGCGGUCCCUUAGCAGCAACAGCGGGUACUUCCAACGGAGGAAUCGUUUUCAGAGGAUUUCGGGGAGAUCCCUGUCCACGAGCAGUCAGCACUGCACAGAGACAUAUGUUCUUGCUCAUGCUCCUUUGGGAAACAGCAGUGCCUGAAGGUAAAAUAUAUCUCCCAGAACAAUCAAUAUUGACUUCAAUGUUGCUUUGAUUUAAAGUGUACAUUGUAAAGGCAAAGCCUUAGCAGAUCCGUCAUGUGCACACAUUUAGUCCGGAGGCCGUGCCGUAUGUCUGUUCUCAUUUUCUUCAGUGCCACCGAUUUGAUGCUAGCAACAUUCAGCUGAACAUCUAUCUAAAUAGCCUCUCGCUUUUUAUCUUUGUAUUUUAUAGUGUACGUCUCCUCAAGUAGCCAUCAAUAAUGAAAGCCUAUAACAGGGCCAUGUUUUUUAAUAGUAUCAGCUGUCUCACAGAGUUUAAAAUUAUGUUAUCCUGUGAAUGGCUGUAGUUUGCUCUUUCUUUAGCAGUAAUGCUAAAUUUGUAAUUGUACGAGGACUAAAAACAAAGAAAUAAAGACAAAGCAGCUGCUGUUUGUGACAUGUAA